AUGUAUUGUCGACCAUUGCUUGCAAUUUCUAGACGUACUCUAAAUACUUCUAAUAUUGCAAGUCGAUGUUUAGUAGCAUCAUACAAUAAUCAACUAAUAUAUACGUCUCAACAACAUAAUCGUUAUUUAGCUCAAAGUACAUCAAAUGAACGACCACCCGGCCGUCUACGUCGAUUUUUUCGUUGGUUCAGAGGAAAAGCUGAACCAUCAAAUUACACAAAACCAAUAACUCCACCUCCAGUACCAUUAACAACUAUGCAACGAGUAAAGCGUUUUCUUGCUCUUGCUCCAAAAAUAGAACAUUUUUUUCUUCGUUCACAUAUUAUUGAAGAUGAGGAUUUAGCUCGAUUAUUAUCAAAAACAGCUACAGUAACAAUCUAUGCGUUUAUUGGUAUUACUACACUUGGAACACUUGGUGUUGAUACUAAACCAUUAUUAGCUGGUAUUGGUAUAACAGGUUUUACAAUUGGUUUUGCGCUUAAAGAAGUAGCAACAAAUUUUAUAGCAGGUAUUUUUCUUGUUAUUAAUAAACCAUUUGUUCGAGGAUGUCGAAUUAAAAUUCAUGGAAGUGGUGGUGGAAUUGAAGGUCUCGUCCAUUUUAUCGAUAUUCGAUAUGUGCAUCUAAAAACGAAAGAUCGUGGUAUUGUAAUGGUUCCGUCUGCAAUUGUUUAUACGAAUGCAUUUACUGUUUUUCCAGUUGAUGAUGAAGCUAAUGCAGGUUUUCUUGAUAUGACUAAACCGCCAACAAGUGAUCCUACCAAACCUACUCAACCAUCAUCAUCAUCAUCAUCAUCACCCACAUCUAACAUUACUGUUACAAAAGAAAAACCAUUAAAGAUGAACUUUGAUCCAGAACCAGUGGGAUCAUUUAAAAAAAGCAAUAUCUAA